AUGGCUGAAUCCUCAAAUGAAUCAGAAAUGCAUGUAUCUUUUGUCCAUGAUAUGAUAAAAUCAUUGGCAGAUGAAAUUGCAGAACUUUUGGAUCUCGAUGGUAGUGAAAGUAAAGGUCAAAUUAUGAAUGAUUUGUUCGAAAAUGGUCGACAAUCAUUGGUCAACUAUGAAGAGGACAUUAUAUGCGAACGAUAUAAAGAUGUGAUGAAUGGCAGUGAGAACAAAUUGAUGUUCUUAUUAAAAAAGUAUUAUCGGCAAAAAUGGGAAGUGCAGUAUGGCAAAUCUCAUCCAUGGUUUAUUUCAUUUAUUGAACAAUAUCAGAAUGGAGAAUGCCAUGAUAUCUAUGAACGUGUUUUAACUCAUGCAGCUGAAUACGGAGAUAAACAUACGGAAAAUUGUCGAGUAUUAUCGAUUGUUUUGCAAUUUUUAUUUGACACUAUCGAUGAUGAAUGUUGGACAAAAACAAAACUCUUCGACGACAAAUACUUAAAAGAACAGCCUAUUUUCGAUUCUCAAUAUUUGAGAGAAACUGAAAAUUCUGAUGAUCAAUUUUUAAAAGAAAUAAGCAUUUGUGAUGGUCUAUGGUAUGCAAUCUCAAACGAUGGUUUAAAAUCAAUUACAAAAUAUUCUGAUUAUAUUGUUCCAGACGUAAUGCAUGAGCAGUUGAAUAAAAGUCAAUCAGUAUUAUUUCAGGCAUUACGUGAAUAUUAUCGAACGCAAUUAUUUCCAUUGUUGAAAGAAAAUAGAAUUUUAUAUAGGCAAGAAUUGUAUGACUUAGCGUUAGAUAAUGUUGCUGAACAUGGUUGGUUAAACGGCAUACAAGCAAUCCAGCAAAGAGUAGCACCAAAGCAUUACAAAAAGUUAUUGGAAAACUUAAAUUCCGUCCUACAAAAACGAAAAGCACAAGCCAAUCAAGCACUAGAACAACAAGAACAAAACACAGAACAAGAAGCGCAAGUGGGAAACAAAAAUGCCAAGAAAAAAGAGGAAAGCAAAACACUAAAAGCACAGGGCCAGAACGAAGAUCCUAACGGACAAUACAAAAGCAAAAAACUAGAGAAAGAAGGGGAAAACAAAGAAUCAAACAGAGAAGAAGAAGACAAGGAACAAAAGCAACAAGCGACAUCCAAUUCACAGGGUAUUAAUACCUGUUCGGAAAAUAAGCACACUAAAGCAAACUUAACAGAAGCAGCUGCAGCAUGUAACCAAGAGCCAGAUGAAGAACGAAAGCCUAAUAAAACCAAUGACUUGGAUAAUUCAUCGAAAACUACUAGUGAAGACGAACAAGAUGAUAUUGUUCCAAGGACACCAUUGAAAAACAAUAAAAUAUUUAUCGCUGGUCUACCAAAGACUAUGGCCAAAAAACAUCUGCUAAGUGCACUUUCGCGUACGUUUUCGUCUAUCGGUCAAAUCAAAAUUAACAAGAAAACAAAGGAACCUUGGAUAGAUUUGUAUAGACAAAAAGAUGAUAAAUCUAAACUUUCUGGUACGGCAUGGAUCACGUUUGAAGAAGAAGAAUCAAUGAUCAAAGCAAUUAAAACAUAUAAUCGUGAGCCAGAGCAAAUUUUCAUCAAAAAAAGGAAGAAUAUAAUUAUCGUUUACGUUUCAGAACAAUGCGUACCGGUAUUCAAUGAUGCACGAAUCUAUGUCAGCGAAGCAAGAAUGAAAAAUGACAGAGCAAAGCCAGAACCACCAGCGCAGCCAAUACAGCAAUCACCAGGUAAUGUUCAUACACCAGAGAAAAAGGAUUUAUAUUCCAAUACUUCUGGGUAA